ACAGUGACUGGACCUGACCAUCCAAUCACUGCCUCCCUAGGUGGGGUGGCAGUCCUGCCCUGCCACCUCUCCCCCAGGAUGAGUGCUGAGAACAUGGAGGUGGGAUGGUUACGAUCCCAGGACUCUGCAGUCGUGCACCUGUACCGUGAUGGGCAGGAUCAGUAUGGAGAGCAGAUGCUGGAAUAUAGAGGAAGAACUGAGCUCUUGAAAGAUGACAUCACCAAUGGGAGAGUUUCCCUGAGAAUACGCGAUGUCCGACCCUCCGAUGAUGUGCAGUACACGUGUUUUUUUCAGUCCGGUGUCUCUUAUGAAGAAGCUUUAUUGGAACUGCAGGUGGCAGAUAUGGGCUCUGAUCCUGACAUCUCUGUGGAGGGACAUCACGAUGGAGGGAUCCGGGUAGUGUGUCGAUCAUCCGGAUGGUACCCAGAGCCCAAGGUUCAGUGGAGAGGUCUCCAGGGGAAGAUCUUACCAUCGGCCUCUGAAGAAAUAACCCCAGAGGCCAAUGACCUGUUUCAAACAGAGAUUGCCAUUGUUCUAACAGAAGAGUCCAACCAGAAAGUGUCCUGCUCUGUUAGGAACCCCCGACUCGACCAGGAGAGAGAGACAGCCAUUUCCAUAGCAGAGCUGUUUUUCCAAAGGGUCAAUCCCUGGAUGGUGACUCUGGGGGUGAUCCUGGUUCUUCUGGCUGUUCUCAUGGCCCUGGCCAGUUACUUUUUCUGGAGGCAACGCAGAGCGAAAGAAACUCUGCGAUCGGAUAAGGAGAGCGAGAAAGAGACCCUGCUGUCGGAAUGGGAGGGAGAGAAAGAGGCUCUGCAAUCUGAGAUGGAGAGACAGAAAGGUCAGUGUCUGGGAUCAAUGGGAUCCGAUUGA